AUGAACGCUUCAACUGGUUUUCCCUUCCUGACGACCAAGACAUCCUUCCAGAGUAUUAAGACUAUGGUCAAACCAAGGGAGGUGGCAGUAGCCAUCCCGGUCGAGAUCCUUCCGGACCCCCACUCGUCCUCCACCUCAAACAUCACAGCAGACAGGUUGCGCAUCCACCUCGUGUCCUCUCGCAAGCAUGCCACCAGAUACGUGCUACCAAAAGGUGGUGUCGAAGCGGGAGAGACGUCGCGUCAAGCCGCGGUGCGAGAGCUGUGGGAAGAAGCAGGAAUCCGCGGCGUAGUCGACUCUUCGACCGCAGUCACGAUUUCCCGCACGACGUCAGCCGAGAUGACAGUCGACGAUCACAAACCGCACAAGAAUAGUCCUGCAAAGCAUGCGGACGAGCCAGGAUUUGUUCCAAGGGCAAGGUACACGGGUCACGAGGUGCCGUUGGCGUCGGAGAAUGCGAUCAGCGACGAUUGGCCGGAAGCACACGAACGGCACAGGAAAACGUUGACCGUGCAAGAGGCAGACAAGGCGCUGGCAUGGAGACAAGACAUCCAUACCAUAUUCACACGCUGGGUUUCUGGCAUCCCGCAAGACAAAUAG